UUACUGCUCACACACACACACACACACACACACACACUCUGGCCAGCUGUUUUAUCUCUCUGAGUGAGUGGGGGGGGGUGUUCCCCUCUCUCUCUUUCUGUCUGUCUCAGAGCAUCAGUGCCAUUGUUCACCUGCUGCCUCAAACCCACCUGGUGUUUACUGCUAGGCAAUAAACGCUCUGUGUGUAUGUUUGUGUGUGUGUGAAAGAGAGAGAGAGAGAGAGAGGGAGAGAGAGGGAGAGAGAGUGGACUUACUCUACCAACAUGCGCACAUCCCUCCUGAUUCUCUCAAAAGCCUCCUGCUCUAAAUAACGGCUCAGCUCCUGAUAGAUCUUUUGUUCUUUAUCGUAACAUCUGGACACAUGUGCACAUCUGGCUCUAACAUCGCUUCAGAAAGGGAUUUCACAGGACCUUCAGGACCCCACCAGGUCUGGCGCGUGAUUAGUCAAUCCCAGCGUCGUUUGUGUUGGACAAUGGAGGAAUCCGUGAUUGUGACACGCGCUGCAUAGAUCUGAGCUCCAAACAUGGCAGCACCUGGAUUCCCUCAGACCCCUGACCUCAACGAAACACAAGCUAACCACUCGCUGGAACAUGGCGCAUCUGUGCACCCUACUCCCAGCAUGCAGCUGGGCACCAUGUCCAAUCCACAGUCCCGUCUCAGAGAUGCCAUGGGUCUGGCGGGCAUGGUGACGCUGAACGCCGUGGCUCUGUUGGCGAACCUGGCUGUGCUGAUCGUGGUGCUAAAGGCGGCACACCUGAGGAAGUACAGCUUUGUGUGGCACCUGUGCGGCGUGGAUGUGCUGUGUGCGGCCCUCCUCAUGCCCUUGGCAAUUGUGUGUGGCUCACCAAUCUUCGCCGGGGUCAUCUUUACGCCGCUUGAGUGUCGCCUGUACGUCUUCCUCAAUGCUUUUCUGAUCUCUGCCUCCAUCUUCACAGUGACGGCGAUCAGCGUCGAGCGCUACUACUACAUCGUGCAUCCGAUGCGCUACGAGGCAAAAAUGACUCCCCGCAUUGCCGCUGCAGUCAUGGCACUGGUCUGGUUGGCGUCUGCUGUCCUUGGGUUGGCCACUGUGUUUGGGUGGCCCAGUUAUCGUCACCACAGCGCCAUUGCUGCCGCCCACUGCUCACUGCACUGGAGCCACAGUGGGCACCGGCGCGUUUUCUCCAUCAUCUUCUGCGUGCUUUGCUUUUGCGUCCCGGCCGCCAUCAUUCUAGCUGUGUACGCUAACGUCUACAAGGUGGCGCACAUGGCCGCCCGACACAGGGGGCCUCUGCCUAGCUGGGUGCCUGCAACACCCCGUCCAAAACACCGCUCCGACUCCGUCAACAGCCAAACCACCAUCAUCACCAGCAGCUCGAGUGCCCGGAGAGGGACAGGGAUGCACGCACCACGCAGGCCACGCCGGACACUGGUGGGCGGUAAAGCAGCGCUCACACUGGCUGUCAUCGUGGGCCAGUUUGUCCUCUGUUGGCUGCCAUACUUUGCCUUCCACCUGCACUUGUCCCUGGGUGUCGCCCACAGCUCGGCUGAUGAGGCAGAAGGCCCCGUCACGUGGCUGGCGUAUUCUUCAUUCGCCGCAAACCCAUUUUUCUACGGCCUGCUGAACCGCCAGAUCCGUGAGGAGGUGUGUAAGACUAUGUGCUGCUGUUGCCGCUCGCCCAGCAGACCCGCGAGACCGGCAGCGUCCGGGCACGAUGCCUCGGCACACGAAGACUUCCUGCACUUCCUGAAGCGCAGCAGCUCGGUGGAAGCCACACGCAGCAGUUACAACACUGCGACUCCCAGAAACACACUGGACCAAACCGGGUUCAGGAUACCAGGACAGAUCCCCGAGGAACUCACCUAGGCUGCCAAAUCUGAAAUCUGAAAUGCUUAAAAUGGGAUCCAGAGCUGGAACAUUCAAAUCAUAUCUAAAUCUAGAAUCUGCAAAUGGGAUCCAAAUUUGGGGACUUUUAAAUCAGAUCCAAAUCUGGAAUGCUAAAAACAGAUCCAAAUUAAAAUAAGACUGAUGGACGAUUGAAAUAUGAUCCGAAUCCAUGUUCAAAUCAGAUUCAAAUCUGGAAUGCUCAAAACUGAUAUAAACACAAGACUCGGGACAAAAUUAAUGACAUACUGCUCCAGCAUUCCUGCUAUUUCUGCAAUGAAAGCAGGUCUAAUCAAACAAAUCUGAUCAAGUGAAGAGGAAAAUAAGAAAUGUACAGUUGAAUUCUAUUUCAGGUCUGCUUUGUCAUGCUAAUAGCAUGUGAUAAUGAGCGAUGUAGUCAAGGCCACACACACACACACACACACAGUUUUAUACUGGGCAGUUUAUGUACACUCACUUUUAACACGGGCUACUAUUUUUAAAUAAUCAAGAAGAUCAGAAUUUCAGAGUAAAAUUUCUGGUCCAUUCCCGAAGUAAAGCGAUCCGGUGACUUGAAUUAGAUUGAAUCAAAUAUGUGAAAAUAAAAUCUGAUACUGAGGUCAGGCUGUUCGAGGACAGCCUCAGAUACUCAGGGCUGUUUAGUUUGUGAGAAGAUUUUCUUACACGAAUGCCACAAUAACGCCUUUAAUGAUCGUCUUCAUGAGUGAUUUAUUUAGAACCUGAAUUUUCCUCGCGGUCCGUAACAACACAUCUUUAUUCAUUCGCCUUAAAACGCAACACGAGACAACUCUAACUCAGUUUUUGUAUCGGGAAACCUCUCAAUCUCUCCUUUAAAUCCGUCUGUUUCAUUUGUUAUUGAUUUUUAACAGAUAUCCUGUAUUUCGGCGCCGGUGCUUGUCGAGUUGUUCGCUCCUUUGACGCGGCUGCACAAGGCAUUAGAAUCUAUGACAAGAUGUUGUUUAAUAUUGCUUAAGGAAGACAUUUUAACAUUAAUAUUCAGUCAGCUGUGAUGUGAGUAGCUUCAUGUCGCGUUCCCAGUGCUGUUGCGAAGUGAUGUUUAUUUGGAACGAUAUUUAUUCGAGUUUGAUAAUCUGUCUUUCUGUUUUGAUUUCUGUUCAUUCUUCUCCACGUGGCUCUGAGAUGUUUCUAAGAUCUCCUGUCUCCCUGCUGAAUAAAACACCCUUCACUCUG